AAAGAGCAGACACAGAGAGGAUAGCAGAAUUCCCAAAACCGACCCCAUAACUCAUCGGAAUCAGGAGAAACCAACUACAACCAAAACAUCACCAUGAGGGAAUGUAUCUCAGUGCACGUUGGACAGGCUGGAGUGCAGAUUGGCAAUGCAUGCUGGGAGUUGUACUGUCUGGAGCAUGGAAUCCAGCCGGACGGACAGAUGCCCAGUGAUAAGACCAUUGGUGGAGGAGAUGAUUCCUUCAACACCUUCUUCAGUGAGACUGGGGCUGGGAAACACGUCCCCCGUGCUGUGUUCGUUGACCUGGAGCCCACCGUCAUUGACGAGGUGAGGACAGGAACCUACAGACAGCUUUUCCAUCCAGAACAACUGAUCACAGGCAAGGAAGACGCAGCAAAUAACUACGCCCGUGGUCAUUACACUAUUGGCAAGGAGAUCAUCGACCUGGUGCUGGACAGAAUCCGCAAGCUGGCCGAUCAAUGCACAGGACUCCAGGGCUUCCUUAUCUUCCACAGUUUUGGAGGUGGCACCGGUUCUGGCUUCACCUCCUUGCUGAUGGAACGUCUCUCUGUUGACUACGGCAAGAAGUCCAAACUGGAAUUCUCCAUCUACCCAGCUCCUCAGAUCUCCACAGCUGUGGUUGAACCAUACAACGCCAUCCUGACCACCCACACCACACUUGAGCACUCUGACUGUGCUUUCAUGGUGGAUAAUGAGGCCAUUUAUGAUAUCUGCCGCAGGAACCUGGAUAUUGAACGUCCAACCUAUACUAACCUGAACCGUCUGAUUGGCCAGAUUGUGUCAUCAAUCACAGCCUCCCUUAGAUUUGAUGGAGCUCUAAAUGUGGACCUGACAGAGUUCCAGACCAACCUGGUGCCCUAUCCCCGUAUCCACUUCCCAUUGGCCACUUACGCCCCUGUUAUCUCUGCAGAGAAGGCUUAUCAUGAGCAGCUUUCUGUAUCUGAGAUAACCAAUGCUUGCUUUGAGCCAGCCAACCAGAUGGUGAAAUGUGACCCCCGUCAUGGCAAAUACAUGGCUUGCUGCUUGCUCUACAGAGGUGAUGUGGUGCCCAAGGAUGUCAAUGCAGCUAUUGCCACCAUCAAGACCAAGCGUACCAUCCAGUUUGUGGACUGGUGCCCAACAGGUUUCAAAGUUGGUAUCAACUACCAGCCUCCCACUGUGGUACCCGGUGGAGAUCUGGCCAAGGUACAGCGUGCCGUGUGCAUGUUGAGUAACACAACAGCCAUCGCAGAGGCCUGGGCUCGUCUGGACCACAAGUUUGACCUGAUGUAUGCCAAGCGUGCCUUUGUGCACUGGUAUGUGGGAGAGGGAAUGGAGGAAGGAGAAUUCUCUGAGGCCCGAGAGGACAUGGCUGCUCUGGAGAAGGAUUAUGAAGAAGUUGGCACUGACAGCGUGGAUGGAGGAGAAGAGGGAGAGGAGGGAGAAGAAUAUUAAACUGAUGAACAAAAAUGCCAAUUACAAAACAUCCUAACAUUGAGAUGUAGUUUUAAUAAAAAUAUAUUUUAUAUUAUA